AUGAUAAAACAUUUCUUUUAUUUUUUAUUCAAAAUAAAUUAGGAAAAAAUAAAUAAAACUUAAUAGAAAUAUAAUUUUUAAGAAAAAAUUAUUAAGAAAAAUCUCAUGAAUUAAUUAUAUAUUAAUUUUUAAUUCAUUAUGUAAAGAGUUUUCUAUAAUUUCUCUCUUAUGAUCUCUUUAUUAUCUUCUUUAAAUUUCUUCCUUAAUUAUUAUUUUUAUCUUCUUAGUAAUAAUAUAUUAUUCUAAUUAAUUCUUAAAUUCUACUUGAGUUGCUAAGCUUUCUAAACUAACAAAGAUAAUCUUAUAAAUUAAGUAAUAAAGAUAAUGAUUUUAAAGCAAGUCAACAUAUAAAAAAAGAAAGAAAUUAAGAAGAAUUUAAAGAAAAUUAAGAUUUUUAAUUAAUAUUUAAGUAUUUAAGUCUAAAGAAAGAAUAAAGUAUCAUAAGAAAUUAUAGACGAAGAGGAAGAUUGGGAGUUUGAAGAUUUAGAUUAAACUCAUUCAUUCUUAAAAUUCAAAGAGAUAUAUAGAUUUUUGCUUAUAAUAACAACUAUUAUUUGA